CUUCUUCUUCUUCUUCUUCUCUCUCUUUCUCUCUCUCACUCCCGCCAACGGCGUUCACCCUCUCUUUCUCUCUCCUCUCUCAAUUUUAGCAUCCCAAUAAAACCCACAUUCUCCUCCCUCCUUUUUCUUCCCUCUUUCUCUCUCCUACCUUUUUUUUGAUUUUUCUCUAAUUUUUCGGCACUAGAUUUCGCCGAUAAUGUCGUUUCCAUUUCAAUUCAAUUUUAAUUUAACGAUUUUGCCUUCUUCUUCAGAUUUUUGAUUCUAUUCUCGUUAAUUAUCCAUCUCCUAUUCAAUUUAUUGGUAGGAUGAUGAUGGGGACCACUGUAAUCAACAACAAUAGGCUGCUGAAGUGAACACCCAACUUAAACAAGUGAUAAGUGGUCUCAUUAGAAGCUUUUUUGACCAUCAAGAUGGCUCGGAGCUCUAUUCCACCAGGGAUUUCUCUUAUAAGGAGCUUGAGAGGCAAAGAUUGGAGUUUUUCUUCAUACAGAUAUGCUGUUCUGUUGAUUACCUUUAUUGCUUAUACUUGUUAUCAUGCUUCCAGAAAACCAAGCAGCAUAGUGAAGAGUGUUCUAGAUCCUGAGCGAGAUAAAUCUUUAGUGUCAAAUAUCUGGCCUCUUGGGAAUGUUUUUGUCAGGGAAGAACUUUUUGACAGUGAUGUAAACAGAUUGACGAAGAAGGGCUGGGAACCUUUCAAUGGAAAAGGCGGGACAUCGAAAUUGGGUGAGAUUGACGUUGCAUUUCUUGCAUGCUAUUCCAUGGGUAUGUAUGUUGCUGGACACUUGGGGGAUAGUCUCGAUCUUCGGUUGUUUUUGACUUCUGGUAUGAUUGGUAGUGGCAUAUUUGUUGCACUUUUUGGUAUGGGUUAUUUCUGGAAUAUUCAUGCCUUCUGGUUCUAUUUGCUAAUGCAAAUGAUCGCCGGGUUAUUUCAAGCUACAGGUUGGCCCUCUGUGGUUGCUGUAAUUGGUAAUUGGUUUGGAAAAAGAAAGAGAGGUUUGAUAAUGGGUAUCUGGAAUGCUCAUACAUCUGUGGGGAAUAUUACUGGGUCUCUACUUGCGGCUAGUGUUUUAGAGUACGGAUGGGGUUGGUCAUUCAUACUUCCAGGAGCUUUUAUCUUUCUGGGAGGUAUUUUGGUUUACUUGUUCUUGGCUGCCUAUCCGGAGGAUGUUGGUUUCCCUUGUCCAUAUGCUUCGGGAAAUAACGAAGAGACAGGGCCAAGUAAACUAGAAGCAGAGAGCCAAAACCUUGAAUCAAAUGACCGUCAACCACAUGUUAACUCUCAGUCGUCUUCAACUAGGAGAAGUGUUGGGCUCUUUGAAGCAUGUUUAAUACCCGGGGUAAUACCAUUUGCUUUGUGUCUCUUCUUCUCGAAGCUUGUGGCAUACACUUUUCUAUAUUGGCUACCGUUCUAUCUUAGUCAGACAGAGAUUGGUGGAGUUUAUGUGUCCGUAAAGUCUGCAGGAAAUCUUUCCACUCUCUUUGAUGUAGGUGGCAUUGUAGGUGGCAUAGUUGCUGGCCACCUCUCGGAUAAACUUAAUGCUAGAGCUACUACUGCAGCCACUUUCAUGUAUCUUGCGAUCCCCUCAAUGCUCUUGUAUCGCUUUUAUGGUGGUGUUUCCGCGACUUCGAACAUUAUCCUCAUGAUGGUUGUUGGGUUAUUUGUCAAUGGACCGUAUGCACUCAUAACGACUGCAGUUUCUGCGGAUCUGGGCACUCACAGCUCGCUGAAAGGGGAUUCUCGUGCACUGGCGACUGUGACUGCUAUUAUUGAUGGUACAGGGUCAGCAGGUGCAGCACUAGGUCCUCUUCUUACCGGAUUUCUUUCAACAAAGGGAUGGGAUGAGGUCUUUUUCAUGCUGGUGAUUGGAGCCCUGAUUGCUGGCCUGCUGCUGUCACGACUGGUUAUAGCAGAACUAAAUGACAUAUUCAAAAGGAAGCAAUCUGAUAAUCCACAUAGUUUUACAGGUGCUGAAUCUCGACCUCUCUUGAGUGACCAAAGGUGACGAAUGGAUGUGAAGUAUGCCACUAUAUAUCACAUGAACUUCAAGAACGAGAAUGAGAACAGGUUGAAUCCUUAUGAGAAUGUUAUAUUGCAACAAUGGUCCAGCAAAAGUUUACAGACCAGUCAUUGAUCUAUUUCAGUUUGCAAGCUACGGUAAUCGACCAUUCGGCUUGUUGCGUGCUGUAUGGCUAGCUAAUAGACAAGCAAGAUUAAGCGUAUUUAUUUUGUUCAAUGAAGUCAUUCGUCCCGCGUAUGUUUGUAUAUCUACUAAGGCAGGAGCUUAGAUUUUGUUAUGUGUUUAAGGCCAAUGACUUGGCAUUCAAAAGAUUAUAGGAUUUGAAAGUAGGGGCAUCAUUGCAUUAAUUAGUUUUUUUGUGCUUCAGGUUCACAAUGGGUUUUUUGGCAUCAAUUUCUGCAAUUCCAGCAUGCCGAUAAUUUGUACGUACUUUAUAAGGUAGAGUGGAUUGGUCCUUGUUUAAAUGAUUUCAAUCCUUUGAGUUGGUUUUGUAAUAUUGAUUAGAAAUGUAUGUAAGCUGUCGUUGGAGCAA